AAAUUUUGAUUGAUGAACUUGAAUUAUCCCAACGUCACUUAAAAUUUGAAUAUGGAAAAGAAUUAAAAAUUGAUACAUUAGGGAAUUCUUACCAUGUGGAUUAUAUUCAACAUUGUCUACUUUAUGCAUUUGGACAAUGCUCACAAUUAUAUCCAGAAACCUGUACCAAAUGUGAAAAUCUAGAAAAUUUAUUU